AAACAAUAAUUUUAUAUACUCCGAUGUACAUGAUUCCUGACUUCUACAAUAUUGAUGAAAGAUAGUAGAGAGAGAAAGAAGAAGGGUUGAAGAGAGAGGAGGAGAAAUUCGCCAGGGAUAAUGGAGAAGACCCGGUAAGCAAUUCAUCAUGAAUCGGAAGGAGCCAGCUGAAUCGGGGAGUUGGGAUGCGGUGGUGCACCCUGGCGACGGAGAGUCCAUGUAGACUGUAGAGAGAGAAGUUGUGAAAGAUUUUUAAAAACAAAAGUACAAUUACAAUUUUUAUUAUUAAAUGCAUUUUUUGUUUUAGCUUUCAAAUUUUUAAACAUAUUAGACAUAUGCUAUUACUAAAUGGCAUUUUACUUUCUCAUUUCUUUCUCUCUUCUUCGGAAAGAGGUAGAGGGGUGUAAAUGUAUUUCUUGUUUGUCAAAACUUCUUGGAGUAAUGCAUUAAUUUUGAGAAGGCCAUAUUUGGAAAAUAUGAACCGUUAGGGGCAGUUACUCCCCGCCAAAACCGCCCCUUGCGUAUACAUACUUCCCAUAUACAACAUUACUCGACACUUCCACCACCAUUAACUAUCGCGCACGCCAAACAGUUCCCAAAAUGAGAACUUUCACUUUAUCAAUCAUCUUCUCUUACUUUCUCUUUCAUCUCACUCCUUACUAUUUCGUAUUGGGCAUCCAAAUCCUCUCCAAGUCAAAGCUUGAAAAGUGCGAAAAGGUUUCCGAAUCCAGUACCCUCAAUUGCACAACCAAGAUCCUCGUUGACAUAGCCGUCCCAAGUGAAUCAAGUGGGAGAGAGGCUUCGAUAGUGGCGGAAAUAGUGGAGGUGGAAGAGAAUUCAACUACCAAUAUGCGAACCCUAAGAAUUCCGCCGGUGAUAACCAUUAACAAAUCCGCUGUCUAUGCACUUUAUGAGUUGACAUAUAUACGAGAUGUUUCUUAUAAACCCGAGGAGUAUUAUGUUAAGACACGCAAAUGUGAGCCAGAUGCUGGUGCAGAUGUUGUGCACAUAUGCGAGAGGUUGCGAGAUGAAAAUGGUCACAUUAUGGAGCACACAGAGCCAACCUGUUGUCCUUGCGGGAACAGGCGCAGGAUGCCUUCGUCAUGUGGAAACUUCUUUGACAAGGUGACGAAAGGGAAGGCCAACACCGCACACUGUCUUCGAUUUCCAGGUGACUGGUUUCAUGUUUUCGGUAUUGGAAAGCGCUCAAUUGGAUUUAGUGUUCGAAUUGAGGUGAAGACGGGGCCUAAAGUAUCAGAAGUGGUUGUGGGUCCUGAAAAUAGGACAGUGACAUCGAAUGAUAAUUUUCUACGAGUGAAUCUUAUUGGAGAUUAUGUUGGAUACACAAAUAUUCCAUCAUUUGAGAAUUACUAUCUUGUUAUUCCGAGGCAGGAUGGACCAGGUCAACCACAAACUUUGGGGAGCAAUUUUUCUAUGUGGAUGCUGCUUGAGAGAGUCAGGUUUACCUUAGACGGUCUUGAAUGUAACAAAAUUGGUGUUGGCUAUGAGGCUUUCAAUGAUCAACCAGAUUUCUGCUCUUCUCCAGUUUUGAGUUGCUUGCAUAAUCAAUUGUGGAAUUUCUGGGAUGCUGACCAGAACCGAAUUAAGAGGAAUCAGGUGCCACUUUAUGGUGUGCAAGGAAGGUUUGAAAGGAUAAAUCAGCAUCCAAAUGGAGGGAGUCGUUCGUUCUCGAUAGGAAUCACUGAAGUUCUUAAUACAAACCUCUUGAUAGAACUAAGGGCUGAUGACAUAGAAUAUGUCUACCAAAGGAGCCCUGGAAAAAUUUUAAGCAUUACUGUACCAACUUUUGAAGCCCUUACUCAAUUUGGAACUGCUACUAUCACAACCAAAAAUGUUGGUGAAGUAGAAGCAUCAUAUAGCCUUACGUUUGACUGCUCAACAGGUGUCAGCCAAAUGGAGGAGCAAUUUUAUAUAAUGAAGCCAAAAGAAGUUACAACUCGAUCAUUCAAACUGUACCCAACAACUGAUCAAGCUGCAAAAUAUGUGUGUGCAGCCAUACUAAAGGACUCUGACUUUCACGAAGUUGAUAGAGCUGAAUGCCAAUUCACUACUACAGCCACUGUUCUUGACAAUGGAUCACAGAUUCCUUUCCAACCACCAAAGACCAGUAUAAAUGGUUUCUUUGAAUCUAUUGAGAUCUUGUGGAACAAAUUCUGGGACGGUUUGGCAGACUUCAUCACUGGUAAAACUUGCAGAAGGAAAUGCUCAGGUUUUUUUGACUUCAGCUGCCAUAUACAGUAUAUAUGUAUGAGUUGGAUAAUUAUGUUUGGUCUACUUUUGGCAAUUUUCCCAACAGUGAUUGUGCUACUUUGGCUUCUACAUCAGAAGGGACUCUUUGAUCCUCUUUAUGACUGGUGGGAAGAUCAUUUUUGGGCUGAUGAACAGAGAAUUAGAGAUAUGCGGAAUUAUGGAAUUGAUGCUGACCUCUCUCAUAUCCAUCUCAAGAAACAUCGUAUGCAAGAAGGAAGGCAUCAUAAGCAUGGUGCUCAAAGAAUGAGAAGAAGUAUACAUAACGAGCACAGACAUAAACAUUCAGAAUGGGACACAGAUUAUCAUUAUUAUCUUCACCAUGUUCAUAAGGACAGGCACAGACAUGGCCGAACCAAGAGUUCAAGUGUCAUGCAGCAAGUUUACUUGCAGAAAGGGGAGAAUGACAAUGGUCACCGUAGAUACAAAAAGGAAAGAGAAUCCAAAAUUGCCAGACAUGGUCAUAAAAACCAAGACGAAUAUUACAAGUACAAGCAUGGACUGUUGGAGGAUAAAGAUUCUAAGUUGCAUCCCAAGCAGAGAGAAUAGUGGGAUUGGAUCAACAUUGAUUCUUGUUAUAAUACAAAUUUUAGAAUUUUAAAGCAAAAAUCUUAAUUUUUUUCUCCUUUUUUUUUUUUCUUUUUCCUUUUUAUCUAUUAUUUGUUUUGGAGGGGGGAUGGGAGUGUUGAGCACAGGGAAGCGCACAACUUUCCACAAAUGUAAUUUUGUGAUUUGUUACACUAAGAACUAGUAUGCAUGCACAAAAGGGUGAUAAUGAGAAUGUUCACACUAAUUGUUACAGGCAAAUUUUUAUACUGAUAUGUGUGCUACAUGUUGAUCCUUGUACAUGCCUUUUUUAUCUUCUAUAUCUUUCAUAUAUGUGUUGAGACAAAAUAAACAGAAAUGCACAAAACUUCGUAUGUGAUCCUGACCAAAAGUAUCCUUAACUUUUUCUUGGCUUGACAGGGGUCCAUUCUGGUUGCUUUUCCCCUUCUUUUGCCAGGCAAACGUGUUGUUGGCUGUCAUCUUUUUGCAGGAUUGAUAACAAACCAUUUUUAAUAAAAUGAAGUCGGAACCUCUUGGUGCUGUGCAUUAGCCAUACAAGUGACUUGCCUGUGCAUAAUCCGAAUUUGAUAAAAUAGAGUUGGACGUUGCUUCCUGUUGCUUAUUUUUUUUCUCAGAGAUUUGAAUGUGAAAGCCAUUUGGAAAUUGUAAACCAGGAGUCCGGACAAUGUCUCCUCCUCUGAUUGCUUGCCACCUGACAAUUUCAGAUGUAAAUUAGGGUUUAAGUGUACAGCUGGAGGACAGACCAUGACCGCCCAACCAGCUGGAAUGGUAUAGCCUGCACCAAUCCGAAUUUUAUAUUAAGAAGUCUCGUGUGCAGAUUAAACAUUUGGAGUCAGAGAGCAUUUUUGGAAUCUAAAGCUUCUAAGGUUGCAAGCGAGGACGAGAAGGUUAAGGACGAAGUUGUUCUUCAUGUCAGUGCCGCGUGCAUGGGGAAUUUACCUCUAAUAAUAGUCACAGCAAUUGUCAGCUGUUUACUAAUUAAUUUUGGGUAUUCCUAGAAGAGCAGUGUCAAAACAAGUCACUUGUGCAUGAAUAUGUAAUGCUUAUAGAUGUAUCAUGUGCCUGCUAUUUUCAGACCUUUUUUUUUUUUUUUUUUAAAAAAAAAAAAUUUGGUCAAAUGGCUAUACUAUUAAUUUACCUCUAAUACUAGAUACUGCAAUUGUCAGCUCUUUACUUAAUUAAUUUUCGGUAUUAAAUAUGAUGUUACCCAUAUUCUA